AUGUAUGAGUUUGCAAGUGAGAAAACAAGAGGAAUUAAUGGAUCUAAAAUUAUUAGAUAGGAUAAAACAAAAUAUAGAAGUCAUAACUUUUUUUCUGUGAAUCCUCAUGUCAGAAUGUUUAGCCAAUUAUUCUAAAAAAGCCCGUAUUUAACAUAGUUUAAGGAGAUGCUCUUUUCAAGCCUUUAGCAGAUUUAUUUGAGGACUUCGUUGAUCCUAACUGUUUUACAAUGGAUGCAACCGCCAAUUCUGUGUAACUCUUAGAAAAUGAGAGAUCAAUAAUACUUAAAAAUUAUACAAUAUGCUCAGUCGACCAGAUAAUUGGGAAUCGUACCUGAAUAAAUUUAUAUCAUCGAAAUAGAGAGACUCCUUAAAGUCUUAUAAAAUGACAACAAAGAAAUAUCAUUAAAAAUUCUAUAUGAACUUUGUGUUGCCAUGAAUUGCAUUAUAAGGGGCAAAUAGGAAUUCAUUUUGUAUGAUAAAUUUUUUGCUUAUUUGUACCAUCAAUUUAAUUCAGGAUACGAUUUCGUCUAGCAAUCUAUUCAAUAGAGAGAAUAUUUGAAAAAAUAAAAGGAAGAGCAGAGACUAGGUAAAUUAAAUCAGCAUGGUUUAAGAAGAGUAGGAUAAAUAUCAAUUUUAAAGAACGAAUUUUACUUAGAAGAAUAGCAGAGUGAUGGAAUCAGUAACAUUCCUUAAGUACUUACGAUUGAUUCAUAAUUGAAGCUUCCAAAUUCAAGAAUAUUAUCAGGAAAACUAUCAUAAUAAAUCUAAAGUGCUGAAGUGGCAAUUCAAGAUUUAUAAAAAGAAGUCAAGGACUAUUACAAUAUGUAUGCUGAGUAUUUUUAUGAUUCCGUAAAAAACUUGAUUUAAUUCAAAGGGGGAAACGAGUCAUCAAAUCAUAAAUUUCUAGGUUUGAGAUUCAAUAUGAAGUAGAUGCUGUCUAUCAAUGCAAUAUAUCAAAAUGAAGAGAAUGGCACUAAAUUAUAUUUGCAUCAGUAUCAACUAGUCUCUGGAUUAAAUGAAAAGCAAAAUUCCUUAACAUAAUAUUUGACUUAUCAAUCGAUGUUUAACAAUAAUAACAAGGAGGAUCAAGUUGAAAAUUUAUAGGAGUUUUUAAGAUAAAGUCCUCCUUUAUCUCCCCACCAAUCAAAUGUUCAUAUUAAAACUGAAACUGUGCAUCAAUAGACUCAUAGCAAUGAGGAUAUUAAAGUUGAGUGUGAAGAUGGAAAUUUGAAUGAAUAUGAAAACGAAUGUGGUGUCCUAUUAGAUUUUACAUUAUUUGAUCCUCAAACAACUGUGCAAUAUCAAGUCUACUCAGUUAAUAGUGAAUGCAUAGCUGGAAUUAAAAUAUCAUUUCCUGAAGAGUAGAGUAGUUUUCGGUUGAUCCGAAUUUCCAUGUAUUGA